AUGGACUCCGAAGAAGAAACUUACGAUGACGUUGAUUCAGGUAACGAAUCAAGUGGAGACGAUGUUGAUUUUGCGAUGGAAGUUGAAGUCACUGGCCAUAGAGAAAUGCAGACAGAUUCAGAUGACUACCCUUAUGAAGUGCUGAGCACAGAAGAAAUUGUACAACACAUGGUAGAUUCCAUAAAAGACGUAAACUCGGUUGUAGAGAUACCCGCGACUACCACUCGUAUCCUUUUGAAUCAUUUUCGAUGGGACAAGGAAAAACUUAUGGAAAGGUUUUACGAUGGUGACCAGGAUCAAUUAUUUUCAGAAGCUAGAGUGAUCAAUCCAUUUAAAGAACUGAAUAUUAGUUUUAGGGCUAAGCCUCUGAAAAAAUCAACAAACGGAACUGAAGAAUGUGAAAUUUGUUUCAUGGUUUUACCCUCAUCACAUAUGACAGGUUUAGAGUGUGGUCAUAGAUUUUGCACCCAUUGUUGGUGCGAAUAUUUAACAACAAAAAUAAUGGAGGAAGGUGUGGGUCAAACAAUUGCAUGUGCAGCUCAUGGUUGUGACAUUCUAGUUGAUGAUGCUAGUGUUAUGCGAUUAGUUAGAGAUUCAAAAGUUAGGCUCAAAUAUCAGCAUCUUAUAACAAACAGUUUUGUAGAGUGUAAUCGCUUGUUGAGAUGGUGUCCGUCACCAGACUGUAGUAAUGCAAUUAAAGUUCAAUAUGUAGAACCUCAUAAAGUGACAUGUAAAUGUACACACACAUUUUGCUUUGCUUGCGGAGAAAACUGGCACGACCCGGUCAAAUGCCACUUAUUAAAAAAAUGGAUAAAAAAAUGUGAUGACGAUUCGGAAACCAGCAACUGGAUUGCUGCUAACACCAAAGAGUGUCCUAGAUGUAAUGUAACAAUAGAAAAAGAUGGAGGUUGUAACCACAUGGUGUGCAAGAAUCAAAACUGUAAAGCCGACUUCUGUUGGGUGUGUUUAGGUCCGUGGGAGCCCCACGGCAGUUCGUGGUAUAACUGCAACAGGUACGACGAGGAUGAAGCUAAAGCGGCAAGAGAUGCGCAAGAAAAGUCCCGGUCAGCGUUGCAGCGUUAUCUAUUUUACUGCAAUAGAUAUAUGAAUCAUAUGGCGUCGUUGAAGUUCGAACACAAAUUGUAUGCAUCCGUUAAAGAAAAAAUGGAAGAAAUGCAGCAACACAACAUGAGUUGGAUAGAGGUGCAAUUUUUAAAAAAAGCUGUAGAUAUUUUAUGUCAGUGUAGGCAAACGUUGAUGUACACUUAUGUAUUUGCCUAUUACUUGCAAAAGAAUAACCAGUCUGUGAUUUUUGAAGAUAACCAAAAAGACCUCGAAAGUGCCACCGAAACUUUGUCGGAGUAUUUGGAGAGGGAUAUUACGUCUGAAAAUCUUGCUGAUAUUAAACAAAAGGUUCAAGAUAAAUACAGGUAUUGCGAUAGUCGUAGAAAAGUUCUAUUAGAGCAUGUUCAUGAAGGAUACGAAAAAGAGUGGUGGGACUACAAUGAGUAG